AUGAAGUGGCUCCUGGCUUGUGCCGCGCUGGCUUUGCUUGCUGGCCUGGCCGCCAGCGACUCGCACAGCUACAAAGAUGGCGAUAAGUUCCGAGUCGAUGCCUUCCCGCUCAAUCAAUGCCGUGUUUGUCAGAUCAAGUCACGCGGCUUGACUCUAGGCGAAGUCCUGGACGGUGAUCGCAUGGCCGAAGCUCUGCACGAUAUCCGCUUCAAAGAAAACAAGCGUGCCAUCUUGUGCAAAGUUCAGCUCUCGCGCAAGGAGAUCCAGCAGCUGACCGAAGCCAUUGAAGAUUUGUUCUAUUUCGAGUUUGUUGUUGAUGACUUGCCUGUCCGUGGGUUUUUGGGCCAACUUGAAGAGCACUUGCUGGACCUGCCCACGACCCACCGCGUCUUUCUCUGGCCCCACAUGCACUUUCAUCUCGAAUACAACGGCGACCGCGUCGUCAAUGUUAAUGUGACAGAGAAGCUCGAGGAGGUGGAACUGCCCUAUCUCACCGAAGAUGGUGAUACCUUUGAGGUGACCUACACCUACAGUGUCACCUGGUCUGAAAAUAAGCAGUUUCGAUCCUGCACGCUCUCACUAUCAUGUCCCAUGCAGGCGCGUGCCCUCAAUCAGGAUUUUGCCCGUUACUCGAAGAACAACAUUGACGUCGACUUGAACGAAGACGUGAACGACGAUCAGGGCUGGAAGAUGAUUCAUGCCGAUGUUUUCCGCUUCCCGGCCUACAAGAGCCUUCUCUGCGCCGUUGUUGGCAACGGCAUGCAGUUUUUGACCGUGGCGUUUGCCGUCAUUCUGCUUUCUUUGAUGAACUGGUUUAACCGCCAUCGUCAUCACAGCAUGACCACAGCCGUCAUCGUCCUCUAUAUUCUUGCUGCUGCCGUCGCUGGAUACAGUGCCAACCGUCUCUACACCCAAAUGGGCGGCGAGGCCUGGGCCUGGAACAUUGUUCUCACGGCGACUCUGUUUGUGGCCCCCUUCUUUGUGGGCUGGAGCCUCAUCAACUCGGUGGCUUGGGCCCUUGGCUCAACACAGGCCCUUCCGGCGACCACUAUCAUCCUACUCCUGCUAAUCUGGCUUCUCAUUGGCUUCCCGCUCACCGUCGUUGGAGGCAUUUUGGGCAAGAAUUUCCCCGGAUCAUUUGACAGCCCCUGCCGCACCAAGAACAUUCCUCGCGAGAUCCCACCAGCUCCCGUAUAUCGUUCAUUGGGCGCGCAAAUGCUCAUUGGUGGCUUCUUGCCAUUUAGCGCCAUUUCGCUUGAGCUCUAUUACAUUUACGCCACCGUUUGGGGUCGUGAACACUACACCCUGUACGGUGUGCUGUUUCUCAUCUUCACCAUUCUGCUCACCGUCACGGCCUGUAUCACUGUGGCGCUGACUUACUUCCAACUCAGCGGCGAGGAUUAUCGCUGGUGGUGGCGAUCCGUGUUUGCCUCGGGGUAA